AUGUGGUUAACAAAAUCGUACUCAUUCAUAAAAACAAGAAUUGAUUAUCAUAUCAGGAAACCUCCUCAGAUUUAGGAAGGAUAACAAGAAAUAAUUCAAUAACCAAGUCCAAAUUUAAAGUGUAAAUAGAGAUCAGUAAGUGCUAAUAGUAAAAUGAAAAUCAACAUAAUAAAAGUAUUUGAGUAUUUGAAUGUUAGGAUUACUACAAGAUCUCAAAGGAUGAUUAGUACAUUUAUAAUACUAUUGAGAUAAAUGAUAUUAUAUUCAUUGAAUAAGUGUCUAAGGAUAAUAAAAUUCUAGAGAAGAAUGAUUGGUAAAUUAUCCUAAAAAAUAAAUCAUUCUCAGGAUAUAAGGUUUAAUAAAUACAUUAAUCAAUUGUGUUAUAGACGAUGGAAUAUGACAUGUAAACGAUAGAAUUAGUUGUAGACGAAGACAAUGGUGGAUUUUUGUCAGUAAUCAAGAAUAGAACAAGAAGGAACUAAAAAAUCAGAGUUAUUAAAAAUUGAAAAAGUCAGACACUCUACAUAAGAUUUAGAUUGAAAAGGAUGUUGUUAGAACUAUUAUUCAUGAUAUGUUUAAAUAAGUAUUAGUUUUAAUAUAGAAUAGUAUGAAAAUUAAUAAUCAUUAAGAAAUAUUUUAAUUGCAUAUGCGAAUUAUGAUAAAGAAUUAGGUUAUGUUUAAGGAUUGAAUAUCAUAGUAGCAAAUCUAUUAGUUUGUUAUGAUUUAAGUGUUAAUGAUUAAUAAUUAAAUGAUUUUGAAGUAAUGGAUGAGGAAAGAGAUGAAACAGUGUUCUUUAUUUUUUUAUAUAUAAUGAAGGAUCAAAAUUGGAGAGUAGUAUUUUUGGAGGGAUUAGAAGGUUUAAGACUUAAGAUAGAUGUGCUUGAAUAAAUGAUGAAAAAAAAGAUACCUGAAUUACAUAAACAUUUCUAUGAUGAAGGGAUUGUAAAGAUGAAUUUGUAUUUAGACUGAUUUUUUUCCUUUCUUUUCUCGAUUCUAUAUGACAUUAUUGAUGUACAAUAUCCCUUGGAGAUUUUCAGGCAUGAUACUUGAUCUUUUCCUAAUUGAAGGCGAAGAAAUCAUACACAAAUUGAUAUUAGCUAUGUUAUUAUAUCACAAAAAUAAGUUGAUAACCAGAAACUAUAGUGACAUUAGAAUAUUCUGUUAAGAAUCUCUUGUUAAUAGUUUUUUAGAGAUAUUUGAUGUCUCUUAAACAAAUUUAAUGGCAAUAUUGCAAAAACUUAAUUUAUUAUGA